AUGAUAUUGCGUCGCCUCCUUCCGCUUUUUAUUCUAAUCGCUACCGCCUAUGGAUGUCAGGAUACGGAGACCGUGACGUUUUUUGUGAAUGGAGAUGCAAAGUUGCCCCAAUCAGCGACAGCAUGCUUUAAUUCGUGUGCUCUUGGCAAUUGUACAGGUGUACUCUUCCAAGACGACAAAUGUAUAGUGAUGGACAAGACCAACUAUUUCGGACGUGUCGAGGAGAAAAACUACAUUGAGAAGAAAUGUGUCAAAAAAGCACCACAUAAGCUGCUUGUCAUGGAAUGGGACGAUCGUAUACUGGUUGAUAGAAGUCGGUCUGUGAAGAAAGCGGAUACGAAACUCGAGUGCCUGAGUCUUUGUGCACAGGAGAAGAGUUUUCCGUGCUUGUCUGCAAUGUUCUACAGGGAGAGCAAAGAUUGCCUGCUGAAUUCUGCGUCGAGUAGCUCGGCGAAGCUGAAAAUGGAUACCGGGGGAUUCAAGGUGUCGUAUAUGGAGUUGCAUGGGUUGAAAGAAGCGGUCCACUGCCUCAAUUCGUUCAAGAUGAUCGCCCACGACGCCAUCGAAAUCCGCGGCGAAUCGCGCAUUUACAACGGCUCCGACGGUCUCGCGGCGUGCAUUCAAAAGUGUGCCGACUGUGACAUUGUCAUGUAUAACGAGGCGUUCGCCGAGUGCUACUCGGUAUGGUAUGACCCAUCUGGACAGGUGCUGGAUUUUGUGAAUGAUGAGUAUCAAGUACUCACAAAUGCUUGCUCUGACUACAAAAAGGAUUGCAAAUCCAAGAAUUCAUUGUACAUCUCUUAUGGGAAUCCGGACCAGAAGUUAAAGGCAGAGUGUCUGGAAAAGUGCACAAUGUCUGAAAAUUGUCAGUAUGCAUAUCAAUCUAAGGAUCUUAACACCUGUGUGAUAUCUCGAAAACGAAAAUCUCUGCCAUUGCUCGCCCAAAAAUUAUGUAUUGAUGUGGAUGGCUUGACUGAUGGCUCCGCGAUUUUAUUUGAUGAAAUCGGAGGCUGUAAGACACAGACAUCCCAGGGGGGACACCAGAUGUCUAACGUAGAGUUACACGAAUGUAUGCAGUUGUGCACGACACAUCCGACGAGAAGUUGUGAAUCCAUCAGCUACACCAAAUCACGCGAGUGCUACUUGCAUGACGGACCCGUUCCAACUGAGGAGCUGAACUCGGAAUGUUCAGUGUUCACACUGAAUGUUAUUACUUUUGAGCAGGAAGUUGAGACUACCACGAUUCCUCCAGGCGAUUCGAAAGUCAAAAAACCUCACAAAGCGAAAACAUUCUCCAGUGGCAAUAAGAAGGAUCAGAAGAAAGUUGAAGAGAAAAAACUGUACGUCAAGAAGUCCCCAAAAACUUCUUCAUCUCUAGCCGAUAUCAAAAUCCACACCCAAUGCAAUUUCGGUCACAUCUCCGUCAAAAUCACUCCUGACACUCCAGGAAAUCCACAGAUGACUUCCGGCGAGAUUUACGUUAGAAACGGUCACUCAAACUGUUCUGAAACCAUCGAUUCCAGAGGGGAGGCCACUCUGAAAAUCUAUCACAACGAUACCUCGUGCCCUAUUACAAAAAAUGGGGAGAUCUACGAGACCGUGGUUGUUGUAACCCAAAAUAUCGAGGGGAACGCAACGGUGAUCACGAUCGACGAUCAACUUUUUAAAGUUCGAUGUGAUUACUCGAAUCAGAAGAAAGCGGUCGCCGUGGCAAAAACAAUGAAUUUGAGAACUACCCAAUACAACAAACUUGAUAUUUACGGAAAAGUAAAUGUGAAACCUAUGAGUAUGGAACUUCGAGGAAAACGAGAAAUCGUCAAAGCGCAGACUGUAAAAAUCGGUCAGAGCCUGGAUUUGGUCUUCACCGCGGAAAAUUCCACCUCGGCUAGACAGGUUUUCGUGCAAAAGUGUACAGCGUUGGAUCGAGAUGGAGAUGAGAAGAUUGUGCUUAUUAAGAAAGGAUGUGCUACCCAACACGCGAAGGAAUACGUUUUACGAGACGAGAUCAAGGAGACCGAAACGGGUUUUAUUCUCCCGUUCCGCGCGUUUCGAUUCAAACAGGGAGACGCGGUGAAGAUCGAAUGUGAAGUUAGAUAUUGUGAAAAGUGCAAAAAGGUAAGCCAAACUGCUCCUCCCGAAACCGCCGUUUCGCCAGUACUGAAGACGUCGACGAUGACUCCCUGCUAA